AGAAUAGUACUAACUCGAUCAAAGCCAAAAGAAAUAUAUAAAAAAGAACUUACAGAAGUAUUUAAAAAGCUAUUAAAGAAGUAUUAUAAUUAUAUUGAAUUAUUUAUAAAAAAAGAAUAUCAAUUAUCAACACAUAUAUCUAAAUAUAAAGUAAUAAUAAACCUAAAGCUAAGAUCGAUGUUAAAGCAAGUUAAAUAG